AUGAAGGUUUCCAAGCAGAUGACUGUGGCCAUCCUGGCCCUCUCCGCCUCUUCGGCAUCGGCGCUUCCCGCCAUCUCGUCGGACGACAGCUUCCGCGCGAUCUCAGCAAGAGGCAUCGACUCGGGCUCCUGGUGGGGCUCAAACAGCCGCCUUUUCACCUCGUUCCCUUCGUGGCCGACUGCCUCGUCGAAGUCUUCGUCCACAUCAUCCACAUCUUCCACCUCCUCGCAGCAGCGAACUGGUUCCUACAGCCCAUACACCUACGUUCCCAGCUCCAACGGAAACGUCAAUGGCAACGGCAACUCCGCCUCGUAUUCCGGAAACAACAACGGAAACCUGAACGGCGGAAUACUCAACGGAAACGGCAACGGAAACCAGAACUCUGGCGGAACCCAGAACGGCAACACUAACGGCAACAACAACUAUGGUUUCGGACAGGGUAACGUCAACGGCAACAACAACUGGGGCUCCUUUAACGGAAAUACCAACGGCAAUGGCAACGUAGGCGCUGCACAGGGCAACGGCAACGGCAACAACAACUCUGGCUCCAACAACGGAAACACCAACGGCAACGAAAACGGCGGCCUCUCCAACGCCAACGGCAACGGCAAUGGAAACACCGGCACGAGCAACGGUAACAACAACGCCAAUGGAAACAUCGGCAGUGGAAGCUCCAACGGCAACGGCAACGGCAACUGGGGCUACAUGAACGGCAACAACAAUGCCAACAGCAACUUUGGCAAGCAGAAUGCCAACGGAAACGGCAACGGCAACUACGGCUCGUACAACGGCAAUGGCAAUGGCAACGACAACUGGGGCAAGCUGAGCGGCAACGCCAACGGCAAUGGAAACACUGGUACCGCCAACGGCAACAACAACGGCAACAACAACUGGGGCUACAUGAACGGAAACAACAACGGCAAUGGCAACAGCGGCACUUCGUCUGGCAACGACAACGGCAACGGCAACACCGGUGUUGGCAGUGGCAACAACAACGGCAAUGGCAACGGCGGCCUUGGGUCGAGCCUUAACGGCAACGGCAAUGGCAACAGCAACUCGGGCAGCGGCGUUGGCAACGGCAAUGGCAACUACAACACUGGAUCGUCCGGAACCGGCAACAACAACGGCAACAACAACAACGUCAAGGGUUCUGGCAACGUCACGGGCUCUGGUAACGGCAAUGGCAACACGUCGUCUAACGGCACUGGCACUGGCAACGGCAACGGUAACACGGUCAUUGGCAGUGGCAACACGGUCGGCUCGAACAAUGGCAAUGGCAACACUGGCGGAGGUGCUACUGGUGACGGCAACGGCAACGGAAACAUUGUGAUUGGCAACGGCAACACUGCCGGCUCGAACAACGGCAACAACAACAACGGCGGUGGAAACGGCAGCGGUAACGGCAAUGUCAUUAUCGGAAACGGCUCCACUGUCGGCAGCAACACGUCGGGCAACGGUCAGGGCAAUGGAAACAUUGUGCUGGGCAACACCGGUCACAGCCUCGGAGACGGCACCUCCAACGGCCAGAUCUACUGGAAGCGCAAGCCGUCCCAGUGCCAAGCCUAA